AUGCAGUUCUUAAAGAUUAUUUUAUGCUUUUGUUGCGUAUUUAUUGGCCACUUUUCAGAUGGAAGCAAUAUUCACACUUCGGAAAUCAAAAUGCGUCUCAUGAAUCAUACGAUGUUGAUGAUGGGAUCAAUUGAUAAAGGUUUCAUGAAAAAUUCGAAUUCGCUAAUAAUAUCUUCUGAUUUAUUCAUGCCCUCAAAAAUCCGGAAUAUAAAAUCAGCAAUUUUCAUUCUCGACCAUUCUGAAGGGCCAUAUGAUAUAAACGCUAGUGAGGUUCUUCGUUUCUUCGGAAGCUUCGAUAUAUUAGUAGCAUACUACGUUUACUUGAACUAUGCAUUAGUUGAAGUAUCUAUUGAUAAAAAGUUAAAUGGAGUGUAUUUUAAUAAAUAUUUUUCUGUUACCGUAGAACCAUAUUUUUCUCCCAGUUUAUAUAAUAGAAAGAAAACGUUUGGUUGCCCCACUCACUCUUUGGAAAAAUCAGAAGAAUUGAUGAAUUUCAAAGAAAACUAUCAAAAUAUUUAUUUUGAUAAAACUCAUUACUUGGACAGUCAUGAAAUAUAUUUAAUAGCUUUUAUCCAUUUAUGCAGGAAAGGCACAUUUAAAGACAUGGGAUUGAAUUCAUUACCUGAUAAUAUGAAAUUAUCAGCGUCAAUUCAUCUGCACAACUACUAUUUUAAUUUAACGCUGAUAAAAAAUAGUAUCGAUGUCAAAUUGCACACUCCUGACACAAAUUAUAAAUUGACGGAUUUUAUUACGCAGUAUGAAGAAAUACACUUUUCAAUUUUAACGAAAAAGACUGAUUAUUUGACAGCAUUUAGAGAAAUUAACAUAAAUCUCCCUCUCAUCUUUAUCGCAAUCUUGAUGUUGGUGCUUAUUGCAGUAAUCAUAAUUAUAAACAAUCAAUUUCACGUGAGUGAAGGAAUUAUGGACAUUGUGAGUAUGUCACUGAGUAUGGGGAUAAUGUCACCUAUGCAACGUCUCUUAAUGAGGAUAAUUUAUUUUUUCGGUGACCGAAGAAGAUCAAAAGUAUUUGCAUUCAAGAAAUCGUUUAACUUUAAAGAAAUGUGCGAUCAUAGCUCAACAAAAUUCAACUGUUGCUUGUAUUUAUUUGACUGA